AUGGAUCCGUCCGACGGGUAUAAAGGAAACAGCCUCAGAGUUCCACCACUAAUUGUGAACACAUCUGGCCUUGAAACCUAUCUUUCAAAACUUAGCUCCCAAUUAUCUCAUGACAUCUACACUUUACGAAAGCGAGUUGAUGAGUGCAAUACCAAGAUAUCCAAUUCUAGCGAUACCGUGAGCAAAGUCAAGCGUUUUCUCCUCGUUAACGCGCGAAAAAAGAUGGAGGAGUGCCUUUUCGGGACCUACGACGACGGAAACGACGGGGAGGUCGACCACUUCAUCAACGAAAUCAUCACCGAGGACGUGCAAGGCCCCGAUGGGGAAAUUUCAGAUUCGGAACUGUUCGUCGCCAUGCUCGCCGUCGCGACGAAAUUAGCGCGGAAUAACGCCAAUUUGAAGGCCGCACUGCGGGAAAGCCUCGAGACGACCCGCACUUUUAUGAAAGAUCAGGACGAUCUUCAGCACCAACUUCGCGAGCUGCGCGCACGGAUGGACGAGCACCGGCACGAUUUCGACGGCCUCUCCACCUGGCUCGGGACCUACGACGCGGAGGCGCACAUGACGCGUCUUCCCCCCUUUUCCCCCAGCCCGCCGCCGGGGGAUUAUGGCGUGGGGGCCUCGGAGCUUUGCAAUCCCGGGAUUUCCGCCGAAGUGGAAAAAGCGGUGGAUGGGAUGUUCGCCCGCUCGCCGCUUUUGCUCGCCCUUCGGCGGGUCAUCACGCGCGAUUUGCACGACCGCCUCGCGCAUUGGUCUGAAUUAAACGCGCGCGAGGUCGCGGGGGCGAUGGCGCGCGUGAAAUCACAGAUCCCGAGCCCCUCUUCCCCGCCCUCGUUGGUGGCCGCGAUGACGACGCCCGAGGCCCAAAAACUCGCGACGGCGUUGGUGGAUUACGACCGGCGGAUUCGACAAAUCGAGGCCGGGCUUCGGCUGGAUCGCAGUGGGGUGGAUGACGGGAAGUCCGCCAACCCGCCGGGGUCGUUUUUUUCGCUCGUUUCGAACCCUCAGAGCAUCGGGGCGAGACCCUCCAAAGACUUCGCCCCGGGGCGAUGGGCCGAUUUUGAGGAGCGGUUGGUAUAUUUGGAGUCGGAGCGGGAGGAGUUUCGCGGGAUCUUGCGGGCUUUGUUGGGCUCGCGUCCUGAGCCCCAUGUUAUCCCGGCCUCACUUCGGGAGCAGCUCACGCACUACGCGAUGGGGGCCUCUGGGCGGGAUUCCCGGACCUGCGGCUAUUCCCCGAUCGACCGAAUUCACGGGAAACGAAUUUUCCCCACGGCGGAGAUGAUUUUGGCUAAAGAGGAGGCGGGAAACUACCCCAACGGUGCGGCCUCUUCGAACACGGCAAAGGAGCCUGUAGGAGUGUUGUCUGAAUCUCAAACGACCUACGGACGUUAUAUAACCGAUGUGUUCAACCGGAAAGAUGUAAAUAGACUCCCCCCUUUACCCUAUGAAUCGCUUCUUAAAAAGUAA